AUGCGCACUACCACUGUUCUCACCGUCGCUGCCGCUGCCGCUGCUCCAAUCUUGGUCAGUGCUAUUCCUGCGUCCUAUGACGAUAUAUACGCACGUGAACCCACUUUGGACAUGCACCUCGCCCGCCGCGUCUUCAGGACCGCUUUCAUGAGAGGUGCGAAAGUAGGUGGCGAAGAGGGAUGGUCGAAGGGCAUGACGGAUGCAGUGAAGUCCGCAACCAAGGCCUACACAGGUGCGCGCCAGGGCAAGGCCCACGAUGCCCAUUCCAAGGCGCGCCAGGCCAACAAUGCCCAUUUGACCGCCAUUAUCCCAAAGUUUGAAAAGCAGGUGAAGGAGGAGUCGAGCCCUGUAAAGGAUCCCACCCAGAUGCUGAUGCCACUGGCCCAACGCGAUGAGCCAGGACGGCACGGCGACCACAGUCACCACCUCGCCGACGGUGAUCAGGACGACGAAGACUUCCACCAUCAACAGGAGCGGUUUGGCCAUCGCGACAAUCAGUACUUGGAACACCAUCUUCGCGCCCUAGUUGCGCGUGCGCUGUUUGAUGGGCUCGACUGA